CGUUCAUGUCGAGUUUUGUUUUGAUCAGAUUUUACAGUGAAGGUUUUUAACUUUAAUAAAGAACUUUAUGAAUAAAUGUAGAUGAUAUUAUAGUGAAUAAUCAGCAGUGAUGAACGGGAGCAGUAAUCCUCAGUUAGAUAAACAGGAGCACGUGUUAAAGCUCGGAGAAAGCUUUGAGAAAAGACCAAAAUCUUCAUUUCACACCAUCAGAUAUGAUUUUAAGCCAGCAUCCAUCGACACCUCCUGCGAAGGAGAGCUGCAGGUUGGGAAAGGAGACGAGGUCACCAUUACUCUACCUCAUAUACCAGGUUCAACGCCUCCCAUGACGGUUUUCAAAGGAAACAAACGGCCAUAUCAGAAGGACUGUGUGCUGAUCAUCAAUCAUGACACUGGGGAAUUUGUGCUGGAAAAGCUUAGCAGCAGCAUUCAGGUCAAGAAGACCAGAGCCGAGGGCAGCAGUAAGAUCCAGCCUCGGAUGGAGCAGCAGUCAGUAAGAGCCAAUCAACCUCCAUCUCAGUUCCGUACCCCUACAAAACUCAGCGCCGGGGCCAAGACCUCCCCGACUAAAGAUAACCCGUCUCCUGAACCUCAGCUGGACGACAUAAAAAGAGAGCUGAGAGCGGAGGUGGAGAUCAUCGAGCAGAUGAGCAGCAGUGGCAGCAGCAGUUCCUCAGACUCGGGCAGCUGUUCAGGCAGUGGGGAUGACAGCUCCAGUAGUGACGGAGAGGAGGAGACCCCCAGCCUCCACGUCUCCCCUAACAGAGAUUCCCAGAGUAACGGCGUGGAUAAACCACAGGGCAGCAACCAGAUUAUAAACACACUCAGAAAUGAUCUGCAGCUCAGUGAAUCUGGAAGUGACAGUGACGACGAUUGAGGGCUUCCCGUCAUCAUUUGCUCAGCAUGAUACUUAGCUUGCUGAUCCUAAGCAUCAUGUCGAGCUGCUCUGCUCUAGUUAGAUUUUUGAGCCAAUCAGUAUUUUUAUAUAUGUAUAUCUUAUCAGUACAGAAAUGUAUAGUUUUUAUUUUAGAUGUACAUUGUAGAUCUAUAUUUUAGUUUCUUUGUUGUGACAAAGCUCAUGAGUUAUUAAAUGAAAGCUUUUAGUGCCUUGAAACAGUAUUUAUCUCCUAAUCCUGGCCUGAUGUCUGAUAUAAUUGUUGCCUUUUGAAUGGUCUUGCAUGAUCAUUCUCCAAAUUUGCACUUCUGUAUGAUCAUAUUUUGACUUAAUUUGUUCUGUGGACAGUCUCUAUCAUACUGAUAGACCUUACAAAGAGUUGACCUGUAAAUAAGCUGAAAUAGUAUAACAGAAUUAAGGAGGUUAAAUACUUUUCAAGGCACCAAGAUUGUUUAGAAAAACCUCAGCCUAGUGAUUAUUUUGCUUAGAGUUCUUAUGAAGUUUAUCUUAACCUACCAGAUUGUUGCCAUGAUAGUUAAUAGUCAGUAAUAUAUUAUACAAGUCCAGGCCUGUCUGUCUCAUUUUAAGGGAAAUCUUUCAUGUUCUGCUGUCUGAGAUGAAUUAUGGAUCUUCUGAAGCUUCUUAAGGUUUUGCUUGAGCUUCAUUUGGAUUGAACUAGGUAGCUUUGUCAGUCUGGCUGGAGAGAUGAACACUCAAGUAAUGUAUUACAGUCUGAGCACUUGAGGCUUCAAAGCCUUGCUCAAGAGCCCAACAGCAGCACCCUGGCAGCGGUGGGGCUUGAACCAGUGACCUUUUGAUAACUAGUCCAAUACUUUAACCACUAGACUACAACUGCCCUUGUAGCCUUGUCCCGAAUCUGACUUAAGAACAUACGUAUAUUAUGUAUAUGUGUACUUUUACAGUCCAGUACUGACAGAUACAAUCCUAAUUACUCUAGAUAGAAUCAACUUUUGUGUGUAUGUAUGUAUGUAUGUAUUGUUUGUUUGUUUUAAUAAAGAAGCAUUAACAAGC